AAAGAGCUCCGCGAACAGGCAUCGCCGUGAGGAGUUUGUGCAAGUACAGGAACUUGUCUCAGACACUUGUGGGACAAAAUUCUUCAUUUUGACGGAAGUAUGUGCAUUGUAGAUGUGUGGUAGUCUACAAUGAAUGAAAGACAAUACUGCCCGACCUGGGAAAUAGGGAGACGUUCCCAGAGAUUGCCCCUUUUAUUGCCGAGAGUGCCUAGAUGAUCAGUGUCUGUCAUGUCUACGAUUCUCCUGGGGUCAUGACAAACGCGGGCAUCUAGACUGCCACUCCACCUGCUGGCUUGAGUGUUCCGCGACCUGUGACCCGGAAACCGGGGAGUGCCUGCCCACCUACAACCAGGACAACACCAGAGUCAACUAUAUCAAGUGUCAUCACAAUGGAACAUGUAUUGAGUGUCCCCGCCAGUGUAGGUGUCGCGAUGGACAGUGUGCGUCCUGCAGACGCGGGCACUAUGGCCCCAAGACAAUGUGUGUCCAUCAGUGCAGUACAGGAUGUGUGGACAGCCGGUGUGAUGGGGAUACUGGCCACUGCACAUAUGGGUGUGAGCCUCUCUUGUACGGUGAUCAGUGUGACCUGUCCUGUACUGGAGACUGCAGCAGGUGCGACAGACAGACAGGAUUGUGCCCAACAACAACUACUGCUACUACUAAAUGGCCAGAGAAGGAUGCAUCAGAAGAUGAAGGGAGAAGUCUACCUGAAAAACUUGCCAUUGGUGCUGGAAUUGUUGUGUCCCUUUUUGUUGUGGUGUGUGUGUUCAAGUGGUGCCAGAGACAGAAUACACCCAGUGAAUACAGUGAUGACGAUAGCAAUGACCUCGAGAUGCUGCCAGCGGCACAAACCCAUCUGUCACCCUCACAGAAUAGUGGUCCUAUUACACCAGAAAACAAUUCCAGGAAUUAUGUUUUGGAUGCGGAUACCCCUUUGUUUGACACUGGCAGGGAGGAGGAAGUGGGGGGAGAAAAUGAGUCGAUGCCUCAACCCUCAGCCUCUCCCCCACUGGAAUUCAGUGAACCAGCACAGCCACCAUACAGUGAACCAGCACAGCCUUCAUACCGGGAACCAGCACAGUCACCAUACCGGGAACCAGCACAGCCUUCAUACCGGGAACCAGCACAGCCACCAUACCGGGAACCAGCACAGCCUUCAUACCGGGAACCAGCACAGUCACCAUACCGGGAACCAGCACAGUCACCAUACCGGGAACCAGCACAGUCACCAUACCGGGAACCAGCACAGCCACCAUACCGGGAACCAGCACAGUCAUCAUACCAGGAACCCGCACAGCCACCAUACCGGGAACCAGCACAGCCUUCAUACCGGGAACCAGCAGAGUCACCAUACCGGGAACCAGCACAGCCACCAUACCGGGAACCAGCACAGUCACCAUACCGGGAACCAGCACAGUCACCAUACCGGGAACCAGCACAGUCAACAUACCGGGAACCAGCACAGUCACCAUACCGGGAACCAGCACAAUCACCAUACCGGGAACCAGCACAGCCACCAUACCAGGAACCCGCACAGUCACCAUACCAGGAACCCGCACAGCCACCAUACCAGGAACCAGCACAGCCUUCAUACCGGGAACCAGCACAGCCUUCAUACCGGGAACCAGCACAGUCACCAUACCGGGAACCAUCACAUUCACCAUACCGGGAACCAGCACAGUCACCAUACCGGGAACCAGCACAGCCGGCAUACCAGGAACCAGCACAGCCUUCAUACCGGGAACCAGCACAGCACUCAUACCGGGAACCAGCACAGCCACCCUAUCGAGAACCAGCACAGCACUCAUACUGGGAACCAGCAGAGUCACCAUACCGGGAACCAGCACAGUCACCAUACCGGAAACCAGCACAGUCACCAUACCGAGUACCUGCACAGCCACCAUACCGGGAACCAGCACAGUCACCAUACCGGGAACCAGCACAGUCACCAUACCGGGAACCAGCACAGUCAACAUACCGGGAACCAGCACAGUCACCAUACCGGGAACCAGCAGAGUCGCCUUCUCAACCUGUACCCUCAGCCUCCUGGGAGGCUCCUCCACCGUCCAGACCUUAUGAAGCCCCCCCAGCAUACAGCUCUCUCUUCCCUGACCAGUCUUCCAAGCACUAGCACAUCCCAGUCCACUCCGUAACACACGGUGAUAUAACUGAAAUACUAUUCAAGGCAGCAUCUCCCUCGCUCACUCUCUUCCUUGGACUUCAGCAGAAGUACCUUGCACUUCAGUAGAAGAAGUAAGCAAGGCAUGUGUUAAACUUAAAGAGCCUUAUAAUUAUGUAACUGUACUGAUCAAAUUUAUAUGAUUGGAGCAAAAUUUUAUCAAAAGAAUCAUUUCAAAAAUGGAAGUGACAUUAAUCUGACAUCCCUGAUUUUGGCUCAAGAUGCAUUUCCUACAUUAGUAAAGAUAUCAUAACAGGGGGAAAUCUCUUUCCUAUGUUUGUUUUUACCAGAACCUGUUUAAUUUUGGACAGAUAUUAUACUUUUAUUUCUUCUUGUUUCGGUGUCAUGUGGGUAUAUUUGUAAUGUUGUGUGUAGUCUUGAUGAUGUUACGGGGUACAUAGGGGCGGCCCAUGAUGUGCACCCCACUGAGGAUCUGGGUAGAAUGAGUCCCAGGCACCCAUUGUCAUUUCAAUGAUUUGUGAGAGGAAAUUAAAUUGGGAACCUGUGGGGACAUGGGUUAGAAUCAGCCCCUGGCAACCUAAUGGAUUUGGUGGGGUGGUCAGACUCGGUGACUUGGCUGAUGGCAUGUCAGCAUACCGUGACUGCAUGGAUCAUUGCUCAUAAUAUUAAGCAUUAGGUUGUGAGUAUUGCCGUGUGUGAUGUUAAACAGAAAAUACACACACAUGCUUUUUAACCAUUAUUUAAGGAACGUUUUACUCACCUUAAUAUUUUUUAAGGCUUUAUCAUUGAUAGGGUAUAGGUAAUGGUUCAUUCAACAUGUUCAUGUGUGGUGUUUUGUUAAUGGCUCUUUUGUGAUUGUGAAGAAACUGUUACCCUUGCUUUUAUCACAAAUGACCAGCAUUUAUACUAGCAGAAAUAUUCUGAGCCCAUAACAUUCCACUGAAAUAGAUUUUGACAGUUAACGGAUUUAAAAAAAAUAAAAAUUCACACUCAUGAAGUCCUUUCACAUUCACAAUAAGUGGAUGUAUUUAUUUCUUUGCUGCUUUUGAUAAAUAACAGGCAUUAAAGAACAAACUGAAACAGCAUCAUGUGCAUAUAGUAAUGACUGGAAUGUCCUUUCCUUAUAUCAUGUAUAUGUAACUGUAUUUUAUUGCUUUCUUACGUCUUUGGUAAUGCAGCCUUGUGUCACAGUGUGUAGAGUUGAUGAUCUUACUUACAUCUCCCAGCCUCUUGGACAGAAAAAGACAACGCCCUAGCUUUUCGUAUGAAGAAACUUUUUUAAGAAAAACAACUAAUCCAGUAGUUUUUGUUUAUGAAUACAUUUUGUAUAUAAAAUGCCAAGUGCUUUCAACUAAUUAUUAAUAACACAGGUAGUUUUUAUAUGGUGCAAUAUAUUUUCUUGAUGCCAUUAGUUGUGUAUUCAAGCACAGCUGGUCUCAUUAGAUCAUGUUCUCAGUAGAUAUAUCCAUAAUAUCUGCACAUUGUACAAUAUUGUGCUGUCAUACAGCAGGUUACUUACAAUGGGUUGUGGUCGAAUGGUUGCUUACGUACAAUGGGUUGUGGUCGAAUGGUUGCUUACAUACAAUGGGUUGUGGUCGAAUGGUUGCUUGGUGUUAUUGAAUAGUUCUCAUGAGACACAAUCUAGGGAGUGGUAUUUUACAUGUUACUCACAUCAAAUUAUGUUUGUAUAGCAGCCGAACCAAAAAUGAAUCAUUGUGUUGAAAACCUAAUGACGCACUGAAUGAAACCGGGGUAGAGUAAAUGGUUGUCAUUGCUUUGUAUUGGCUGGCUUCAACAUGAGAGAACAGCACUACUGGAAUCCUUUUUGGUGUUGAAAAAAACAAAUGUUUUCAGUGCAGUCCAUGAUGUCUGUUGCAGCAUUAUGCAGGAUUUACUUGACACAAAUUCCAGAGAGCUUGAUCUGGCUGAUGUGAUCUAUGGAUUCCAGGAAAACUGUCCUCUCCAAACUCUGAAGGGGCUAUUUAUGGAACCGAUAUUCUGGUCAUAGUUACCCAUGAAGCCUAUAGGGAUAAAGUCAACAGGAAGGGAUGGUACUCAUUGAUUUUAAAAGGCAUUUGUGAUCAUAAUUAUGACUUCAAGGACAUACACAAAGACAGGUGUUCUCCAAUUCAGAAAUAUUCAACAUGCCUGAAAAAUAUCACAGAAAUACAGUUUGCCAACAAUGAAUUGUCCAAGACCAUUGUUAUUUUAGAAGAAGGUUCCCAGACCUUCCUGUCACUGAAAUGCACAAUCUUGGGAACAAGCAUUGUUCAAUUAUAGACUCUGCAGUGGGCCUAUGACCACUGACAAUUUUGGUGAAAUGUCUGUCUGUAUCUCAUUGGUGAACCAUGAAAGAACACACGUUCUUUGUUAUGUUUUCUAUGUAUUUGUUAUCGCAUGACAAGUUUAUAUGUGUUUUCAUUUAUAUAUAUGUAUAUAUAUGUAUGUGUAUAUAUAUAUAUAUAUAUGGUUUUACAAUGGUGUGUACACAUGUACAUGAUUUUGGGGUAUGAGUGAGUGAGUGAGUGAGUUGGGUUUAA